UACCUGGUACCGCAACAUAAAUCUCCUUCUAUUUCAAGAAACCUUGUCAUUCGCUCGACCCCACACACCCAUCCACACACCCAAAACAGAAAACAUGCCCUUCGUUCACAUCACCUGGUUGCCCAAAACCUGCCGCAACGCCAAAGUCCGUAAGGAGGUCGCGGCGGCCGUCAUGAAAGCCAUGACGAGCCACCCGGAGGCGGACGUGGCCCCGGAAAACCUGGUGGUUCGGUUCAGCGAAGCGGUGGACGGCUUUCCCCUCCCGAAGGGCCACAGCGAAAACCCGGAACUGAGCGCUCCGCAAACGCCCGCGGGCGAGGCCUUCCUCAAGGACAGAGAGUAGAAACGCAACGGGCGGGCUCGGCGCAAAGCGGGUUCGAUAGGCAUCGAAACCUAAAAUAAGUGCUUCCGGCAAAAUACGUUUGCACUCCACACAGCCAAAGAGUCUUCAGUCAGUACUCGUCUUGCUUUGUAUCAGACACGAGGCAUUUUCAAUAGGGUAAUUACCCAGGGGCACUCUGUACUGAAUGACUGAUGCAACAACUAAUAUUUUAAACCUUUCAUUUCCGCUAUCUCUAACAAGGGCAUCCGCCAUUUCAAUUCCUAAUGCGUUUGGUUCGUCCCUCGCGAAGAGCACCGAAAAAAGUAGUCUUUUGUUCCGAUGAUUUGUGGCACUCAAUCGGAAACACCCCCAAGUGGGAAUUUUCAAGAAGGUGUGAUUUUCAUCCGACGUCCGUCUAAUUAUAAUACAGAGAUGUCGAGAGAACUCAAAAUAUGAGGAAGCUUGUCCAGACAGAGAAAGAAAGAUAAAGAAAAAAUGUGAUCUAUGUGUGGUAGCUUUAAAUUUACUCAAUUUAUACCCAUUCCCUUGGGUUCUUGCAGGCGUCGAUGAAAUCGGCUUCCUUGCUACCUUCUUCGGGGAUGACAUUGUAUUCCCAUCGAGCGGUUUCUGGAAGACUCAUGAGGAUACUCUCAAUUCGCCCACCGGUCUUGAGGCCGAAGACGGUUCCUCGGUCGUAUACCAAGUUGAAUUCGACGUAUCGUCCACGUCGCAUGAGUUGCCAUUCCUUCUCCUGCUGUGUGAAUUCGUCGUUCUUGUGCUUUUCGAUAAUAGGUCCGUAGGCCUUGACAACAGAGUUCAAGCAUUCCUUGGAGAACUCGAAGUGUUGUUCGGGCUCCUUGUUGUUUUGGUCGUCAAAGAAAAUUCCCCCUAAUCCGCGAGUCUCGUUUCUGUGCUGGAUGACAAAGUAACGAUCGGCCCAAUCUUUGAACUCCUUGUAGUAUCCGGGGUCGUGCUUGUCGCAGAUCUCCUUGUAUGUUCCGUGGAAGUGCUUCAUAUCGUCUUCGUUGACAUAACUGGGGGCUAUCAUUGGAUGGGAAUUUCACGGUAAAAACGUGUUGCAGGAUUUGUAUCGUUAGCUAUUUUUUUAAAAGCAAGUUUCAAUUGGCAUUCCUUUCGUUCUUCGUUCAAAAAUUUGUACUUACUGAUAUCGGUACCUCCUCCGAACCACCAAACUCCACCGUCGGUCUCAAAGUAUCGGUAGUUGAAGUGCAUGGUAGGGCAGUGGGGGUUUUUAGGGUGCAUAACACUGCUCAGACCGCAAGCGAAGAACGGGACACGUUCACCGGGUGCCAUGCCCUUGGCACGAUCGACUCCGCGCUCGGUGGCGGCUUGGAGAGCCUCCUGUGGCAUACUUCCGUAGACCACACUAAGGUUGACUCCAGCCUUCUCAAAGACCUUUCCGCCGGACAUAACACGGGACAUACCGCCUCCACCGUUGGCUCGUGUCCAGGCAUCCUCUUGGAAUUUUGCUUCGCCGUCAAUUUCUUCGAUGGCCUUGGUAAUUUCGAUUUGGGCAUCACGGCACAUCUUUUCGAACUUCGAUCUCAUUGGGAAGUUUCCUUCGGGACCAUCUCCCUCUCGGACGAGACUGUCUGGAACUUUUUCCUGCGAUUACGUUGAGGAUGUACACGGUCGAUAUCGAAACAACGGUGAUAAUUUAGGGUGAAUUAUAAUUUCCGUGAGAUUUGAGCAGACAUAAUAAAUAAUGCAUUGAAAUAUAUUUCACAGACUCUCAAUCUUUAAUGUCAACUUACGACAGCAGUGUGCGAAUCCCAACCAAUGUUGACCGGAGGGGCAUCCUUUCCUGCCUUCUUUCCUUCGACCUUCUUGUCCUUGACCUUUUCUUCGGUCUCGGUGGACAUAGGAAGAGCUCCUCCGCGGCUAACAGAGUGUCGCGGCAUGAAGCCAUGCGACAAAGUAGCGGUCGAAACCAACGCCAAGAGUGCAACCCGGUACAACAUUUUCAUAAAUUUAUUGAUUCUUU